AUGACUGUCUUUUUGGCUACGUUGUUCUUGCCGAAGACGGUUUACUUCAAGCUCCCAGACGCCCCUCCCGCUAAGGAGCGUCCCCCACGCCGGUCCAACAGCAAAAAGAAGCUGGAACGACCUCCCUUGACGCUUCGCACCAGUCUAUUCGCGCCUCACCCCACGAACUCACCUCCUCUUACCCCAACGGAUAGUGAAGGUGCGGUGGAAGAUGACGACCUGUUUGUGAACGGAGACGGACUGCGUGCGAAUGUUUCAGACGAUGGAGAGUACAGGGCUCCGGCGGAUAAAGAGAGCCCAACUUGGGGCAGCCGAGCAUUUCAACCCAAAUCACGCGCCAACUCGCCACCCCCAUCCUCCAUCCUAGAAGACGCCAAGACGUUGGAGAAGGCGAAGCAACUUGGGAGACAAGGCGUCUCCCAACCGCGAGCCACUCGCAGUGACAGCCAUGACAGAGUCUUCGCAAACGCAAACUGGCGCAUCGUGAAUGCCGACCAGGGCAAUAGCGGUCUCCGUAAUGCGGCAGAAGCUGCGGCCCGCGAUGGGUACACCGGAGAAUAUACCUGGGUUGGAACUUUGGGAAUGCCCACCGAUGCCCUCCAGGGAACGCAGCAGAAGCAGGACAUUGACGACCGACUGGCGACAGAGUUCAACAUGUACCCCGUCUUCUGCUCAGACAAGGACUUUGACGGACAUUAUUUGCAUUUCUGCAAACAAAUCCUGUGGCCUGUCUUCCACUACCAGAUUCCCGACAACCCGAAGAGCAAAGCGUACGAAGACCACUCAUGGAAGUUCUACGUCAACCUCAACCAAGCCUUUGCCGAUAGGAUUAUCAAGAACUGGAAGCGGGGCGACACUAUCUGGGUUCACGAUUACCACUUGUUGUUGGUGCCUGGCAUGGUCCGCAAGAAGCUUCCGGAUGCCAAGAUCGGCUUGUUCUUGCAUGUCGCUUUCCCCUCUUCCGAAGUCUUCCGCUGCCUUGCGGUGCGAGACGAAAUCCUCGAAGGCAUGCUGGGCGCCAAUCUUAUCGGCUUCCAAAUCCCCGAGUACAGCCGCCACUUCCUUCAGACUUGCAGCCGUCUCCUUGCUGUUGAGGCAAACAGUGAGGGUGUUCAGCUGGAAGAUCGGUUUGUCAAUGUCAUGAGUCAUGCCAUUGGUAUCGACCCAACAAAUCUCGACCUUUACCGCCAGGACGCCGAGGUGAUGAAGUGGAUUGAUAUCAUGCGAGACCGUUACAAGGAUAAGAAGAUCAUUGUAGCGCGUGACAAGCUUGACCACGUUCGCGGUGUCCGUCAGAAACUUCUCUCAUACGAGUUGUUUCUUAAUAAGAACCCCUCGUGGAGAGACAAGGUCGUUCUGAUCCAAGUCGCACUCUCGACAAGCGAGAAAAGUGACCUCGACGCCGCCGUCGGGGAUAUCGUUACAAGAGUGAACUCCUCAUGGGCCAACCUUGCCUAUUCACCCGUUGUUUAUCUAAAGCAGGACAUCCCUUACCCUCAGUAUUUGGCGCUCUUGACGAUAGCAGAUGCUCUAAUGAUCACCAGUCAACGUGAAGGCAUGAAUCUCACGUCUCAUGAGUUCGUCGUCUGUCAGGAUGGCAGCCACUGUGAGAGCAAGCAUGGUUCUCUUAUCCUGUCAGAGUUCACGGGGACAGCGUCGCUUUUCGGUGGGAAGGAGCUAUCCAUCAAUCCUUGGAGUUACAGGCAAUGCGCCGAAGCCAUCGAGAAAGCGAUAACUAUGCCCGACGAUGAGAAAGCGUCACGGUGGUCAUCACUACGAGAAGUGGUUGGUCACCACACAGGUUCGCAUUGGUUCACGGGCUUCUUGUCACAGCUGGACCGGAUCUACGAUGAACAACAUCGCCAUGACCAGACUUCCGUGCCGCGCUUGAAUCUUAGCACUCUCGGUCAGCAAUACAGCAACAGCCAGCGACGGCUCUUCCUCCUGGAUCUCGAGGGCACACUCAUUCCCUUUGGUCCGAUGAAUGCCCUCAUCCCCAUGAAUCCUCAGCGCACACUCGGCGUGCUGAACGAUCUUGUUUAUGACAGUCGCAAUACCGUUUUCGUCAUGUCCGCACGUAGGCCCGACGAGCUUGACCGACUCUUCCGUCUGGUCCCUAACCUGGGUCUCAUUGCUGAGAAUGGCUGCUUUGUCAAACACGUCGGUCGGAGUUCCUGGACCGAGAUCGCCGAUCGUCAGAAGGUCUCCGUUUGGAAGGAGUCCGUCAAAAGCAUUCUCCAAUACUAUCUGGAACGGACUCCCGGAUCAGAGAUCGAGGACCGCAACUGCUCACUGAUCUUCCACUACAAGAAUGCUGAGGACUACGCCAUGGCCGAGAGACAAGCAAGUGACUGGACUUCACAUAUCAAUGAAUCAUGUGAUAAGCAACGAGUUCAUGCUACGCAGCUUGAUGAUUCUGUCGUUGUGGAGCCGAUUGACUGGACCAAAGAAACUGCAGCUGGUCAGAUCUACGAGGAGAUGGUGAAAUACGGAUCAGGCGCCUCGAGCAAUGGUGCGCCCGACUUCCUCAUGGUCAUUGGCGAUGGCCGCGAAGACGAGAAGGUAUUCAAAUGGGCCAACCAGUUGAACACCGAGGGCAAGGUGAAGCAAGCGGUGACCGUGAGUCUCGGCAGCCGAAAUACCGAAGCUUCCGCCACCUUGACUCAAGGUGUCAGUGGGGUUCUCGUCACGCUGCAGAAGCUUGCCGGCCUUUCUUAG